CCGCGUCUCCCUUUUCCGCUUGUCUCAUUCCUCCUUCUCCAUCUCCUUCUCCACUUCUAUUUCUGGAUUUUUUAUUUAUUUCUCUCCAUCGCUAGCUCUAAUCUGUUCCUAAUUAAUUUGUUGUCUGUAAAUCACUACGUAUACUACUGUUCGUGUUGCACAUAUAGCUAGUAGCUAGGCUGCGUGCCAUCUAGCUCGUUACUGGAUAUUCUUUAAGUUUGUAGAGAAAUUUCAUUGAACAGGCGGUGGUGCAAUCCGGCAAACGCAUGGAAGUUGGAGGAGUUUCUUCGUUUCUGGGUGACGGAGAAGAUGACAGCAUCAAGGACUUGCCUCCCGGUUUCAGGUUCCAUCCUACCGACGAGGAAAUAGUUACUCACUAUCUUAUCCAGAAGGUGCUCGACAACAGAUUCACUGCUGCCGCCAUAGGAGAAGUGGAUUUCAAUCGGUGCGAACCGUGGGAUUUACCGCAGAAAGCAAAGAUGGGAGGGAAGGAAUGCUACUUCUUCUGCCAGAGAGACAAAAAGUACCCAACUGGGAUGAGAACGAACAGGGCCACGGAAGCCGGCUACUGGAAGGCCACCGGAAAAGAUAAGGAGAUUUACAAGAAGGGCAAGAGCUCUCAGCUGGUUGGCAUGAAGAAGACAUUGGUUUUCUACAAAGGAAGAGCCCCCAAGGGCGAGAAAACCAAUUGGGUCAUGCACGAGUACAGACUCGAAGGCAAAUUCUCUUGUUAUAACUUCCCCAGGGACGCAAAGGAUGAAUGGGUUGUGUGUAGGGUUUUCGAGAAGAACAGUACCGGAAUUAAGAUAAUUAGUAGUCAUGUUACAGCGAUGAACUCCAUGGAUGAGAUUAACGAUGAUGAUCUGUUCUUGGACUGCCCUUCGCUGCCACCUCUGAUGGACACUGCUUUCUGCAACAACGAAAUGAACAAUUCAAGCUUUUCUCAUGGCGGAAGCACUGAAAUCAAGGAGACAGCAGCUUCUUCAGCGUCGUACUACCUGUCCUACGCUUCGAACCUGAACUACCAUGGCCUGUUAAAGCAGGAAGAAUGCCAUCCCAGUAACCUGCCGGCGCCGGAGAACUCCAUUUGCUACUCUCAAAGUCAGCUUCCAAAUCCUGCUUUUCCGUUCUUGUUUCGACCCAGCUUCGAAGCUUCGGAAAGGCAACAAUGCAGGGUGGAAGAAUUCUCCUGUAACCAAUCUGGAGUCAGCGCCGAGAUGAUGACGCCAGAGAUCUCAUCCACCGGAAUUCCGAAGUCUGCAGCCAUAGCCGGAAGCUGCAGCAAGACUUUCGAAGAAGGCCCGGAGGAUUCUUCCAUGGAUUUUAUCCGGGACUUCUUCUGAGAUAUAAAUUAAUUAGUGGUGAACUUAAUUAUUUGCUUUAAUUAAUUCAAACGCUUGCUCUUUGCUAGAUAUAGUGUUCGAAUUGGGUUGUAAUUAGCUUCUAGUAAUUUUACUGUAUAGGCAUUCGUCA